UGGAAAUGGUGUCGGAGGGGGCGGGGUGCAGCAGGAGGGAGCAGAGAUGUUUGGAGGCUUUUUUUUAAUAUAAAAUUAUUUAUUUAAAUAAAAAUGGCCGCCGUGGAGAGCGGAGAGGAGAGACUGGAGGAAGGUCAAGAGAGCGAGGAGGGACCUGUAGACCCCCAGCACCCCCACAGUGUAAGAGAGAGGUCCCACAGUAAGACCAAGAAGACCCGCCGGGAGCGUCGCCAUGCCGACCGGGGAGUGGAGACCACAUCAUCAGCCACACGCUCUACCGCCGUGCUGCAGCCACAGACGGGGGCAGAGCAACAGACGCAGGUGUCGGAGCCAGUGGCAGGCCCCUCAGAGGAGCCCGGAUCAGAGUCUGCAGCCGGCAGUGAGUCCGCAGGUUCUCCCAGGCAGCGGCGCUCCAUCAUUCGGGACCGCGGGCCGCUGUACGAUGACCCGUCACUGCCCGAAGGCUGGACCCGCAAACUCAAACAGAGGAAGUCUGGUCGCUCAGCCGGGAAGUUUGAUGUCUAUCUGAUCAACUCGGAGGGAAAGGCAUUUCGUUCCAAAGUAGAACUUAUCGCCUACUUCCAGAAAGUCGGCGACACGACCACUGACCCAAAUGAUUUUGAUUUCACUGUCACCGGGCGUGGAAGUCCCUCCCGCCGUGAGAGACGCCCACCUAAGAAACCGAAGGUGGUGAAACCAUCGGGGCGAGGCCGCGGGAGGCCCAAAGGCAGUGGGAAGAUGCGGCAGGCUACAGAGGGCGUGGCCAUGAAACGUGUAGUUGAAAAGACUCCAGGCAAACUGCUGGUCAAGAUGCCCUUUGGCAAGGCAGAUUCCUCCACUGGCACCACCUCCACUGCCUCAAAGGUGCCAUCUCCUGCCAUGGUGCCAAAGUCUCGUCCUGGCAGAAAGAGGAAAUCAGAACAGGAACUUACUGCCCCACCGCAGACCGCACCCAAGAAACGUGGCAGGAAACCAACCUCGGCCUCAGCAGCAUCAUCGCUCGCCACCACAUCCACCUCUGCUGCAUCAACAUCUGGUAGCUCAGCAGCUGGUAGCUACACUGCAGCUGCCAUUUUAGCAGCUGAGGCUAAACGGAGAGCAGCCAAGGAGUCUUCCACCAAACCUGUUGUCCAGGAAACAGCCCUGCCAAUCAAAAAACGCAAAACGAGAGAGACCGUGGAAGAGAGGGAGAGCGUUCAGACUCUGGUGUCCGCAACAACUGAAACUGAGAGACGGGACACAGUAGAGGUGGAGGGAGAUAAAGGCGAGGGAGCUCCGACCUCCGAGCCUCAGCCCGCCGCCUCUGAGCAGAGUCAGGCCCAAUCACAGAAGCAGCCUGCUGCUUCAGAUGAAAGCCAAUCACAUGGACACAAGGCGCAUAAAGGGAGGAAGCACAAGGAGAAAACAGGAAUAGCAGCAGGAGAUGGAGCAAGCAAAGGAGAGGAAGUAGAUGAAGAUGCAGGUGAUAAAGGAGGAGAAAGGAGUAGCAGCAGCAGCAGUAGCAUUAGCCCAUCAAAAAGUCACAAACGGAAGGACCGGCCGCCUCACAAACAUCACCUUCAUCAUCACCACCACCACCACCAUCAUCAUCAUCAUCGCCACCAACAUUCCUCUGCAUCCACAUUGGAUCAGCCUCCUCCUCCAGUCUCUGAACACCCAGCACCCUCCAGCCAAUCCGGGCCUGAUGUUGAGCCUCAGACUGUGCCUCAGCUCACCGCCCAACAGUCCCAGCACAGCCAGCAAGCUCCUCCCAGACCACAGUCCAAGUCUGCAACUCAGUCCCUGCCGGAACCUCGGCAUCCUUCGCCACGCCACCAACCCCAACCGCGUUCCCAGCAGCAUCCCCAGACCCAGUCUCCCACUCAACCCCAAGCCCAACCUCAAUACCCAGCUCCCCAGCCCUCUCCUACCAGGCAUGUCCUGCCCCAGCCACGGUCCCAGCAGUCCUCAUCCCAAAGUUACGGUCAGCCCAAACCCCCUCCCCAAAAAACUCAGUCACAGCCUGUCCACUCCCCAGCCCAGCAGCGAACCCAGCUUCAGGCUCUGCAUGCUCCACCUCAGUCUCCUUCUAUCUUGCACAUUCAUCCAUCCCAAACGAGGCACCCACAUCCGCAAGCUCAGUCCCCCACAACAACCCAACCUCAAACCCAGUCCAGACACUCGUCUCAAUCCCAAGCCCAACUCAAACAACAAUCUCAACCCCAGACCCGGCAGUCACUGCAGCCUCAACUGCAAACCAGGACCCCAGCCCAACUUCUGACUCAAUCAGAGUCAAGAAUCCUGGCCCAAUCUCAGCCUCAACUGCAGCCCAGAACCCCUGCUCAAACGCAGCCUCAGUCCCAGUCCAGACCCCUAGCCCAAACACCACCUCAAACCCUGUCUAGGACCCCAAGCCAAACGCAGCCUCAGUCCCAGUCCAGACCCACAGCACAAACGCAGCCUCAAUCCCAGUCCAGGACCACAGCCCAAGCGCAUCCUCAAACUCAUUCUAGGACCCCAGCUCAACCCCAGUCCAGGACCCUAGCCCAAACACAGCCUCAGCCUCACCUGCAACCCAGACAUCAAGCGCAGCCCCAACAGCAGACAAGGCACCUAUCUCAACAACAGCACCAGACCCAAUACAGACCACAGCCCAGACAAUCUCUCUCCCAGCCUAGGCCACCCCAUUCCCAACCCCAGUCCCAACCCCAAGCACAGCCACAGUUUCAGAGGAUUCAAACACAGCCACGUCCCCAGCCCCACCCUCAGUUCACCAGGCCCCAUAUGCAGCAUCUUUCAUCCCACCGACCAUCUGCCAGCCUAUCCAGGACCAACCUAGUCCCUGCUCAGCAGAACCAGAGCGAACAGCCUCAAGAUCUGAGUACUGCUCGGCCUGGCCGGGGGAGCCUGCUGCUGAGCCGAGAGGCCAGCGUGGAAGGCAUCAGGGUAGAGGGCAGAGGGGAGACGGUCAUGGCACCAGACAACAGAGAUGUUUUAGGAGGUGAAAGAGGGUCGAACAGCACCCCCCAGAGGCCUCCCAGCUCCAUGCCUCCUACAACUCCAGUAGUAGCAGGGGCUGGGGUCGGUCUUGUUCCUGGGGCAGAUGGUAGGGCUAGGCUCCGGGCAGAGCCAGAGGCAGCAGGUGAGGGCAGGGAGCUCAGAGACAUCGUCCCUCAGUCAGCUGUCCCCUGCCCCAGCCGGGAAGAAACUGUAGAGUCACGGACGGUCGUCAGCGAAAGAGUCAGCUGAUUGGUCAGGCUGAUGAACAGGCUGACCCAUCGGUGGACUGACGGACUGAGUCAGCACCAGGCGGAAGAGGAGUGUGACUGGGCUGUUCAUGGAGGUUUAAUGAUUGUACACUGUUUUCAGAUAGACGGAUGGUCUUGCAGAGCUGGUAGGACCGUUGCAGUUUCUGCUGAGUUCUUAUUCUGUCUGGAGACUCUGUAAAGUUCUGGAUUUGAGAACCAGUUGGACACUGAGGACAGCUGGAGAGGAGAACGAAUAUUGUCUUUUUCUAGGAAAAACAAACAAAAAGGAAAAAACGAUAAACAAGUGUGCGUGUGUACAUAAUCAAAAGGCAGCUGUUGUGUCCCGCUAGUCUCCAUGGGGAGGGGGAAGUAGUUUGGAACUAAAAACCGACGCUUAACAACACAUUACUCUGAACGAAACGUUGCUUCCGGAAUAUAACCUUUUUUUUUUUUUUUUUUUUUUAUUUCGUAUUUUGAUAGUUUGUUUUGUCUCUGUUAUACAGCUUUAAACUCUGAUAUUAUUGACUGACGGUCCCUUACUCAUUGUCGUGCUGCUGACUGACAGUCUGUUAUUUAAAGUCCUGCUCUUAACUGACGGCAUCUCACUAAAACUCUUCGCGUUGACUGACAGUACUGAAACUAGUCCUCGACGGAAAGCCUCAGAGGUGAUGUGGGGUGGCGGUUUGCACCUUUACCUGGUUUCACAAAAAUUUCACAAUUUAUUUUCUUCCCGUUUUGCAUUAAGCCCACAAAGAAGGAGGGUCAGUAAUGUUUGUCAUCAACUUCCAGACUGCCCCCUGCAGGUAGUGAAUCUGAAUCUGCACAGGCCUCAUCCAGUCUUUGAAACUCAUUAUCAUUUACAAUAUUUGAACAACUUGAAGAGUUCUCGGUUCCUCCUGUCAGACGCCAAAACAGCCUCAAAAACAGACGAGUCAGUUGUUGGAUCAGAAAACCUCGAGCGGCUCAUCGUUUAGAAACACAGCGAGUUGUUCUUCCAGAUUAGAGAUUCUUCCAUCCUGGUCUUCAUUAAAUCUGUUCAGUCUUUUUGUUUCCAAAGGAAGCACUUUUAAUAGCAAACCAAACCCACUUUUACAGUAGCUUUAUUUUAGUUUUUAGUCUUAAUGAAAGAGUGGGAAAUGGAGUCAUUUUUAUUGUGUCUUCGUGUUGAAUGUCUGGAACAGUUUGCACUCCUCCAGUCUGUACAAUCAACCGCCUGCAUGUCGCUCGGAGACCCUGCAGGCAUUCAACCAGAGCAACACAUACGCAGAGGUUGACUUCGUCGCGGUUUACUGUCAGCCAGAGGGACAGCGUUCUGAAGUUAAACCCUGAACGAAGUCCGAUUGAGCUUUGUGUGGAGUCGCAUGUGCUGGAAACUCAAAACUAUUCAGUGAGCUGAAAACCGACUGUGGUCCUGUAAGUCCACAUAUGAGAGCGCGAAGGAGAAACUCCUUAGAGACAGUGAGAACACGUCCUGCAGGACUGCACUCAGUUUGAAAUCCACAUUCUGCAGUGGGCGCACAUGGAGCAGGCAUCACUGGAUCACAAACGAGUUCUUAUUGUGCAAUGAAAAGCUAGCCGAACGAUUCAGAUCUUUGAUAGUUUUUAGGAGGAAGUUGGCAUGAAAAUGUUGCUUUGGUUUAUUUAUUUCAUUUUCAGUGUCAACGUUUCGAUGGCUCUGAGUCCCCUGAUGAUUUGUAGUUGAACUGUCAGGUGCAACAGACGACUGUAAAAACUGUAUGUCACGGUCAAAGGUGACGUUUAUUCACCUGAAUGAAAAUUGCUCACAGGACGUCACAAAAACAAACGGGUUUUCUUGGUUCUUGGAAAGUUUCACAAAUAUGAAACCUUAAAAAUUUAUAACACAGACAGUCACGUUUGAGCUCAGACGUGUCGUCUGUAAUGGAGGCCUGAACGUACUCCCAUAGGUGGACGUCGGCACAUGCGACACACACAAACGUCUUCGGUAGAUGGUUGUAGUGUUUGAGUCCAAACAGAUGCCCUCUGAUGGUGUGAUUUGCACCACAUGGACCCUCGCACAUUCAGACAUGAAAAGUAUAAUUUUUACUUAAGCCUGAGUGGAGGCGCCACAUCACAGCCUUUAACUCGUCCAUGAGUUGAAGCCAGAUUGAAUCAUCAGGGUGUUUUCAGACCUGUCGUUAGUUUGGAUGAGUAAACUCAUGUUCUCGGUUCAGAACCAAAGUCAGAUGAGGAUGUUCUCUGUUCUCUGACUGUGGCAGGAAUAAGAACACAGAAACAGGAAGAAGCUCAGAGACCUCCACUUGUUCACCGGCGAGCAAAACACAGCUGACUGCAAAGUCAUUGUAGCUCAUCAGACUGGGAUCAGAUCAUGACAAAGGAAACACUCCAGAAAUGGUUUGCGACCAGAUCCAGACCACUUCCUCUAAAGGGUCUCGUGGUUGUUUUGGUCUGAGUACAACUGCAACGACCAGAGUCCAGUUGGACCAGACUGAGCAGCAGGUCCAGAAACACCCCGAGGGCCGUCAGGCAGGACGCCUGAAGAAAACCAAGAGGUGACUUCAAACUGAGUGCAGAAACAAAACAUGAGUCGUUUCCACACAAUUCGCAGCAGAAACAAAACAGCCUCCCGCACAGCACUUAAUUACAAUAAAAAUAUUACAGAAUCCGAGUUAAAAUGAACUGAUUGUAUCACUUAGAUUAAACUACACUUCAGAUAUUAACAGUGAGUUUUAUGUUUUUAAAAUGUAAGUAAACCUAAGUAUGCAGUAAACAUACCAAGACUGAUCACUGCUCACAAAUAUGUUGCCAUGGCUACUGAUCUGGAUCUUUAACGAGAAGCCCUGUGAUUGGCUGUGGAAGCCGUAGUUUACUCCUGGUCCAUCAGGGAGCUGCUUCAGACUCCUGGAUGUGAGCUCUCACAGGUGGACUUACAGUCGCUGUUUGAGUGUUCGUGCUCUCUUGGUGAUCGGUCGCCCAUAAACUCCACACUUUGCACCUUAGUGUCCACACGACUCUGUGGGGGAAGCUCCAGCACUUUAACAAAUGUCCGAAAACUGAGCUUUUCACCCCUCAAUCAGAAAAAAAUGAAUGAAUGUCUUCAUCCCUGAUAAAAUAAAUGUGCCUCGUUUAAACUAAAAGUCAUCCAGCCCUCACCUGACGCACCUCGGUGAUGUCAUACAGGUGACCUCUGCGUACGUGGCGCUCCGCCUGCCGCCCAGUCUGCUCGGAGCAGUGAAGCUGUUAGCAUGCUGUCUCUCGCGCAGACGCAGAAAUCAAACGUCCCUCUGUGAACGGACUCACGCCACAGGACUCGACCCGGCACAAACUACAGUAACCAGCCACCAUAUUGCAUGUUCCAGAGUUUAGUGCCUAUAAUAUUGUGCGUCUUGCCAGAAGCCACCAUGUCAGCCAAGCCAUGUUGUGUUUCUAGACUUAGUAGUGAUGUGUGUGGUGACUUCAUAGUUGCUAAUAUUGAGGAUGAAUAUUCUGCUUUUACUCUGGUUGGAAUUCAGUGGAAACUCCAAUACACUGUCGCUGUAGACAAAACUAGUUUUUACCUGUUUUCUUAUUUUUCUUUCUAACUAAAAGCAUUUGUUGUCCCCUGAUGUGUGGUCGUCUGACUGAUUGUAGCUCUCGCACACAAACACCUUCAAAAUAAGGCGAUGAAGAGUAUCAUUAGAUCGUCCAGUAAUCCGUCGCCCUUGAGAUGAAUACACAUUUUGAUCUCU